AUGGAUGAAUUUGAGAGAAUGUUAGGAACUACUGAUAAUCACCAUAUGGUGGACCUUACUGUUAUUGCUAGGCCUUGGAAUCUGUUAUCAUCUCUAGAGUAUGUUGACAUAGAAAGGCCAUUGAAAGGGAAGGUGUUGGAGAUGGAACUAGUGGGUUACUUCCUCGAGAGCUCACCAAACCUCCAGAAACUAUCAUUAAGUUUGCAUGAUUCUCCAAAGAAAGGAGAAUCUGACAUCUUGAUAGAACUCCUUAAAUUUCAGAGACUCUCUAGCUCAUGCCAAAUUAUUGUACGAAGAUCCUCAUAG